AUGCCCUCUGCGACCGCAACUGGUGCCGACAGGCCCAGUGGUGCCCGUUCUCGCCAGCACAACCAAGGAAACCAAGAUAGGAAAUACACCCCAGAGCAAAAAGCAGCAGUAUUAAGAGUACGGAAAUGCUCUGCUACAGCGUUUUAUGAGAUUCUUGCAGUCGAGAAAACCGCAACAGAUGGAGAGAUUAAGAAGGCUUAUCGGAAGCUCAGCUUGUUGACCCACCCAGACAAGAACGGCUACGAGGGCGCGGACGAAGCAUUCAAGAUGGUAUCGAGGGCAUUCCAGAUAUUAUCUGAUGCAGACAAGAAAGCCAAAUAUGAUAGAUUUGGCGGAGAUCCAGACAACAGAUUCAACACCGGAGCGUCGACAUCUUCCCCUUUCGGUGGAUUUGGAGGCUUCCAACCACAUCCCGGACGGCAAUAUGCUUAUGAGGAGGAGAUUUCUCCAGAGGAACUCUUUAAUAGAUUCUUCGGUGGAGCCGCAGGCGGAGGAUUCGGACCGUUCGGAGGUGGCAUAUUUGACGGUGGCCCCCAGUUUGUCUUUAACAUGGGAGGCGGCCCCGGUUUUCGUGUACAUCAAUUCGGAGGGAACCGACCACGAAGACGCCCGAGAGAUACGAAUGACCCAGAUCCCUCCCAGACGCCUCCAGGAGUUGCAUCUCUCUCACAAUUCCUCCCUCUUCUCCUACUAUUUAUCUUACCGUUCUUGUCAAACCUAUUUAGCAGCACUUCACCUUCGACGCCAUCUUUCAAACUCCACACCCCAGAUCCACCACAUACGCUCCAACGAAUGACUCCGAAACUCAAACUCAAAUACUUCCUCAACCCAACAGAUAUUGAAGACUACAGCCCGCGCAAACUUCACCAGUUAGAUCAGAGAAUUGAGGUUGACUACGUAGCCAACCUACGCCGUGAGUGCCAGAGUGAGAUAAAUUACCGCGAUCGCCUGGUUCAAGACGCUCAAGGGUGGUUUUUCCCAGAUGUUGAGAAGAUGAGAGAGGCACAAGAUCUAGAGCUCAAGAGUUGCGCAAAACUCAAGGCACUCAGUAGCUGA